AUGGCUGCCUUGAACUGCGCAGCAGCUCUUCUGCUAGGCAUCAACUAUCCUGAAUGUAUCAAGCUGCAGCAACUGCCAGCAAGCUUACUCUUCACUAAAGUAAAACUGGAAUGGAUACAUAAAGGACCUGAAGAGGCUCUGGUGACAUGCAGACAUAUGUUGCAGAUGUGGCAGAUGGUAUAUAAUGUUUUACAGCACAGUGGCUCUGAGAAAGGAAGUAGUGUGACUGAAACACCAGUGAUCAAAAAGCAUAAUGGACUGCAUCUCACGCUCCCGGAUGCUCAUGAUACUGAUUCUGGAUCACAGCGAGCCUCUUCCCUUGCUGCAUCAAGACUGGAACAGGCCAUGUCUGAAAUAACUAUGCAGAGCAGUGCAAUGAAGCAAGGACCUGUGCAGCUGUGGACAGCUCUGGAACAAAUUUGGCUACAAGCUGCUGAACUCUUCAUGGAACAACAGCAUCUCAAAGAAGCAGGCUUUUGUAUCCAGGAGGCAGCUGGUCUUUUCCCCACAUCUCAUGCUGUACUGUACAUGCGUGGGAGGCUUGCAGAGAUGAAAGGCAAUUUGGAGGAGGCUAGGCAAUUGUAUGAUGAAGCACUCACAGUGAAUCCAGCUGGAGUGGAAAUUAUGCACAGCCUGGGCCUGGUGCUGAGCAGGCUUGGGCGGAGGGACCUGGCCCAGAAAGUCCUCCGAGAUGCCAUCCGUAUCCAGACCACCAGUCACAGGGCCUGGAACAGCCUUGGAGAGGUCUUGCAAGCUCAGGGGAAAAACGAAGCAGCCAUCGAAUGUUUCCUCACAGCUCUGGACCUCGAAUCCAGCAGUCCUGUCAUCCCAUUCACUGUCAUACCCAGGGAGCUCUGA